ACCGUUUACCAUCAUCUGCAUCUCAUUUUGGCGUUUACGCACUUCUUGAUAUCUCAACUUCAAACAACCCACAUCAAUCAUCAUGACUGGACGCGGCAAAGGUGGCAAGGGCCUCGGCAAGGGUGGUGCCAAGCGUCACCGCAAGAUUCUUCGUGACAACAUCCAGGGCAUUACCAAGCCCGCUAUCCGACGUCUCGCUCGUCGUGGUGGUGUCAAGCGUAUCUCUGCCAUGAUCUACGAGGAGACCCGUGGUGUCCUCAAGUCCUUCCUCGAGGGUGUCAUCCGUGAUGCCGUCACAUACACCGAGCACGCCAAGCGCAAGACCGUCACAUCACUAGACGUUGUCUAUGCCCUGAAACGACAGGGCCGCACCCUGUACGGUUUCGGUGGUUAAGCGAUCUGCCACUAGGUCGGGUCGACAUAAUGUGUUAUUCGCGUGUUUGUUACGAUUGGGCUUUUCACUAUGGGCGCGGGUCAUUGCUUUUUGAGAUUUUGUACUGUACAACGUACUGGGAAAUGGGUGACUUCCGAAAGGGGGUAAUUGAGACUUAUCAAGUGGUGACCUUGAAAUAAAGCAUCACAUAUACUCUACAAGUAAACUUUGUGCCUGGCUGUG